ACUUUAGAGCAGAUCCUUAUUUUGCUUUCAGAACCGAGGGUUUCUGUAAUCUGUGUCUGCCUGUUUUACCAAGUUAGUAUGCAAAAACUGCAAGAAGUAAUGGGCAUUUAGACAAGAGGAAAACAACACACUCUUCUAAACGGAUUAUUUAUUCGAGAACAUCAUUCCAUUUCUUUUUGCAAUUCACUAAGGAAGGGUUAAGACCAUUUCAAGUGCGGAGCAUUCUACAGCAGAGAUUGGAAUUGCAACUGCUUUGGACCAGAAGAGGCAUCUGCACAGAAAAAAUGAUUUCACAUAAUAUGACAUGGAUAAGAUACCCAACCCACCUGGGGGCUGAUUUUGAAAGCAUCAUUGCUUCUCAGAGCAUCAUAUCAAGAUUUAUGCAGGCCUACUUUGCCCUAUUCGUUCCAACAAGUCUAGCGGCUGGAGCAUUUAUCUUGACCACCUUCCUACGGAAGCGUACAACCUUAGAAAAACUGGAUAUAUUUCUUUGGGAUCUGGCAGUUACCAAUAUUCUAGUGACACUCUUUUCAUUUACUGCCUUUGUUAGACCAAAGUACAUAAACACAAGUAACUUGAUCUGUGGGAUGCUUUCUUUUUUUUUCAACGUGUGCUACUUCAACGCUCAGUACCUUCAGAUGGUGAUGCUUUUUACAUUCCUUCUCCACAACUACCCAAACUGGAUGAACGCGGUGAACUUGAUACCUCAAAAGUCCUUGUGCUGCCUGGGCCUGGUCUUGGCCUGUGCUCUCUGCAGUUCCCUGGUGGGGGUAUCACUGCUGGGCACGGCCGGGACCCUCCAUGAGAACGCACCAUGUCAGGUGGACCCGUUGACCGCCUGGCCUGAAUAUGAAAUGGUGAAGGUCAGCCUUGGUUUUGGGAUCGCAAUGAUUUCAGAGAUGUUCUUCUUGGUUCUGCUCUUUGUCAAACUGGCUAAGCGGGAAGCCCCUUGGCACAAGGAGAAUUCGGCCACCUACCAGGUGGUGCUGGCUAUCACCCUGAUUCUAUUUGCCUGCCGCCUCUUUUACAAUACUAUGCUUCUCUGCAGGACCAGAUUAAAGCUGCAGCAAAACCUUGGCACCCCUUGGGAAGAGCUCAUCGUGAAUAUUGCAGAAUUGGUCCUAUUUGGUGAAAGUUGUGUAAGCUCCCUGGCCAUCGUCCUCCUUCAUAAACCAUGCAAAGAUGCCUUCUUCAAACUCCUCAGAGACAUCACAAAGUCAUGCAGAAGAGGCGCAGGCCACCAGAAUUCCAACAGCAUGCCGCUGGAAGGAACGACGAGUUAAAAUACCAGGGUGUCUAAAUCCCCAGGAAGUGGGCUGCAUCAAUUAUCAGAAUCUUCAUUCUGCUGAUGAGAAUGGGCCUGGCUACUCUGUCAAAACCCGAGACCUGCUUUAGGAUGGGUAGGAUUUGCUUGCCGACACAGUUCCUGAAGGGGCGUGGCUUUUCAAUUGUCUACCUGGCUCCACUCCUCAUAAUCAAAAAAGACUGAGUCCCCAUAUCACAUAGCCCAACAAACUCGGGUCCACUGAAGCUCAGCCUGAAGUUGGCCAAAGGAAGCAGUGAGGCCUAGUGAAAACAGCAUGUCCCGGGAAUCAGAGGACUUGUGUUCUAAUCUCA